AUGGAGCAGGGACCUGCGGCGGCGGUGGGGACGGCGGGGGCCGUCGGGGCAGCAGCUAACGCCGGUGCCCCUGCUGCAGUUGGAGCUGCGGCUGCGGGAGCCUUGUCGUCGGGGGCCAGCGCGGGCUACUGCCCGGUGCCCCUGCCCCUGAGUGACAGCGAGCAGCAGUGUUACUCCGAGCUCUUCGCGCGCUGUUGCUGCUCCUCCGCCUCCGCCACCUCCUCCUCCUCUUCCUCCUCCUCUUCCUCCUCCUCCUCUUCCUCCUCUGGACACCCCCAGCCACCCCCUGAGGUGGGCAGGGGAGCCCCGCUCCCCGGACCUGCAGCCACCGCAGGGGCCAACCAAGUGGGAGAGCUGUUCAGGGCAUCGCAGCUGCCAGCCGAGACCCUUCACCAGAUCACAGAACUGUGUGGUGCAAAACGUGUGGGUUAUUUUGGUCUAACACAAUUUUAUGUUGCCCUGAAAUUAAUUGCUGCAGCACAAUCUGGCCUCCCAGUACGAGUAGAGAGUAUUAAAUGUGAAUUGCCUCUGCCUCGAUUUAUGGCACUGAAAAAUGACAGCGAAAUAAGAUACAGCAAUCCAGUGGAGUUUCAUGGAAUGAAGUGUCAGAUUCCAUAUGUAACCAUGGAAAAGAAUUCCUUCAAGAGAGUGGAUGAUGGGGAGAAACAGGACACGAUGUCUCCCACAAUGUCACCAAUUAGUUCUCCUCCUUCUUCUCCAUCCAAUUACCAAAGGGUACCUUUGACCUAUGGUUAUGGCAAAUUGAGGAGUGGGAUGGAUCAGAUACAUGCUGCUCCUUAUGAAGCUAGACAACUUGCCCUCCAACAAGAGGGACCCACGUCAGGAAGCCAUGGACCCAAGCCCACACGACGGCAGACUUCUCUUAUUAGGUCCCUUUCAGUAGAACGAGAACCCCAGGAGAGCAACAGUAAUUAUCCAGAUGACCCAUGGAGAAUAACAGAAGAACAGCGAGAGUACUACAUCAAUCAAUUCAAAUCCCUUCAACCUGACCUGAGUUCCUUCAUUUCAGGUUCCCUGGCAAAGAACUUUUUCACCAAAUCCAAGUUGACUAUUCCAGAGCUUUCUUACAUAUGGGAGCUCAGUGAUGUGGACUGUGAUGGAGCCUUGACACUGCCUGAAUUCUGUGCUGCCUUUCACCUCAUCGUGGCCAGGAAGAAUGGCUACCCACUGCCAGAAUCUCUGCCACAAACCCUGCAGCCGGACUACCUACAAAGUGCUUUUCUUAAACCCAAACGGGACUGCGCAUUAUUUGAUUCUUAUUCUGAAUCAAUGUCAGUAAACCAACAGCCACGAGACUUGAAUCGGAUUGAGAAGACUUCCCUUAAAGAAAAGGUUGACCUGACUGCACCUGCCCAGGAUGUGAAUAUUGAUGACAAACCAGCUUUGAAAAUAAGUUCUAUGGAUGAAGCCAUGCCAAAGGACGUGUCUGUUGACACAGCUUCUCCUAAGGACUUGAACACUGUCAAAGCAAGACCAAGAUCCAGAUCUUACUCUAACACAUCUCUAGAAGAGGCCAUGAAAAGGGUCGAGGAACCUCCCACUCCCCCACCGAGACCACAGAAAUCCCAUUCCAGAGCCUCCUCCUUGGAUCUGAAUAAAGUCUUCCAGCCAAAUGCUCCAGCUGCUAAACCAGGACUGUUACCUCCACCCCCGGCUCUUCCUCCCAGACCUUUUGUGUCACAGGUUUUACACCAUAACACAAGCAAUGACUCCGUCAGCCAACCCAAACCUCCAGGCCAGCUGCCAAGCUAUAGUGAUUUCAGACUUCUGGAGCAGACAGACCAAGUAUCAGAGAUUGAAUUACAUCCUCAAUUGACCAGAACUCCUUCCCAGACAGAGGAGAGUGGAAGUCCUGUGAAGAAGGACCUGCCACCAUCAAAGCCCAUUCGUCGAAAAUUACGACCUGAAAAUCAAAUAAUGGAAAACCAAGAGCCGCCUUCUUCUGUGAGUGGGCCAUCUACCGUGCCAAUUGUGAAGCCACAUGCACCAGUCCAAAAACAGUCUUCUAAGCAGAAGAAGGCAAUCCAGACGGCUAUUCGGAAAAACAAGGAGGCCAACGCAGUGCUAGCCAGGUUGAACAGCGAGCUCCAACAGCAGCUCAAGGAAGUUCAUCAAGAACGGAUUGCUUUGGAAAACCAAUUGGAACAACUUCGCCCAGUCACAGUCUUGUGACCUUUGGGUGGGAAUGGGAGUAGCUGACCUCUGUGCUGAGGUCUUCACUUUUCACUGUUGGAGCACAUCUUCUGGGAAGAGAUAUCUGACUGAGUCAAAAGCAGAGAGAAGUGGAAUCUGAUGUGUUUCCUAUUUCUCCCCCACCCUCCUGCCUCACUUGCCAUCCCUAUGUUUCUGUAUGCAGGUGGAAAAGUCCUCCAGCCAAUGGUUAAACUUGAGAUUGUGGCUAGAGAGUUGAAUUGUCUCAUGUUGGUCCAUUCCCAAAUACUUCUUCAGGGUCUUCAAAGAUGAAAUUUGUCACCAAAAAUUAAUCCAGUUCCCUAGCCCUUCAAUAAAUUUAGUGCAUUAUUUAUUUAAAGAAUUCCUGAUCUGUAUGGAAUCUUGUUACUUGCUGUCAGGAUGCUUGUUUUAUAUUUGCAUUUAUAAUUGGUAUGUACUAGUUUUGGUAUCCUGGGUAUGUGAUUCCAAUAGGCUUGUCUUAGGGCAUAAUAUUAUAUGGCUAAGUAAGUAAAUCUAAGAGUAGCAACAAAUUUAGACUGAAGCUAUGCCCACCACUCUCAUUUGCCAAGAAAUUGAUGAUAUAGCGAGUGCCAUUUAUAUUUCAUAUCUAUUUAUAAAUAUAUAAUCCUUAUUUUAUAUUGAAGCUCAGAGGCUCUCCAUGAUUACACAGCACAAGAUGAAAUAGAGAUUUGAUAUGUAUCUGGUUCAUUUCAUCAUGAUGGAUAGUCAAACUAGAUGGAUUUUUUUAUGAUCUAAUCUGAUAAAAAUUAAAUAAAGACUUGCCAAAUCUUCA